UCACACCGUCUCCCACUUGCGGCAUCCAUGAAGCAACAUCCAGACGUGGACGGUACCGAGACAGAGGAGCAGGCUCCCAUGGCCUGACCUCUACUCGUGAAUGUGUUGAUGAGUCUACCAUGGACACGUCUGUCUGCAGUAGGCACCGGUAACAGUUGGCUACAUCCAGCGGAACUACAUACCUUCACAUCCGCCUGAACAGCUCGUGUGUCCUGAGAUCGUAGGUCGAAAUAAUAUUUCCAGGAAAGGCAUUCUAAAAAGCUAGUCUUCCAUCGGCGUGACAAUAGUACGUACAGCUGGUUGAAGUCCCGGUACUACAUACGUACACAUCCACCGGCGAACAGCUCGUGUGUACCGAAAUCAAAGGCUAGAAAAAUACACCCAGGAAGAAGUUUCUAGAAAGUUCUCUUCCACUGGUCGUGACAAGGAGGAAAAACACUACAGUACGUACGGGCAGUGACGGUUUGCUGAAUUCCGCAGCACAACAUAUACCAACGUAAUCCACCGGUAUAGUUCAUGUCUGUAUCGAGAUUACAGUCCAGAAAUUGGAAGUGUAUCUCGGCAUAGUUUACUAAGAGUUAGUCUUCUACUGGUUGUGACUGCAAGGAAAGAUUUACUGUGCGAAUAGUAAAUUUGUCGAUCCAGUUUAGCGUAAAAAGCUGUAAAGGUCAAUAUACCAGCAAAACUAUCUUACUAUUUCCAACAAGUACGCUGAACAGUGAGCGGCAGAUUAAAAUCCAAUCUUUUUCAAAAUCACACAAGAAGAUUCAGAAGAUCAACUGUUAAAAUCGGGAAUAGAACUCAUAACCUUUCAGUUCAAAGGCGCUGGAGUAGUCGAACACUACAGGAGCUCUGCACAGUUGUAAACCUAUCGGCAUUAGAGUUAAACCCAAACGCAGACAUGACAACGAAAGACAAUAACGGACGCACGUCGCUUCACCACGUGGCGGGCACAGGCCACCUUUACUUUCUCAACGUCCUGCUGGGCCAAGGUGCCGACGUGAACGCCGCCGACGACACCGGCGUCACGCCGCUACACUUCGCCGCAGAGAACGGGUACACCGAUGCCGUCAGCUUCCUCUUAGACCGGGGGGCCAGCCUGUAUGCGAAAGACGACGAUGACUGGACUGUACUACAUUAUGCCGCCAAGGGUGGACACUGUGAAACCGUUACGCUAUUGCUGGAUGAAGGGAUGGACUUGAGUGAGAAAGAUGGCGAUGGCUGGACUGCGCUUCAUCUUGCAGCAUGGAAUGGCGACUGUGAGACCAUUAGCUUGCUGCAUGACCGUGGUGCUAGAUUAGACGAUAGGGAUAACAAUGGGAGCACUGCGCUCAUCUAUGCCACACAUAAAGACCACGUUGACGCGGUCAUCCUUCUGUUAAACCGUGGUGCGGACUUGUCUGCAACUACAGAACAGGGUCGAACAGCGCUACACAACGCAGCACGGAAUGGCCACUGUGACAUCAUCGAGGUCUUACUCAACGCAGGAGCUAGUGGAGGGUCUAAAGAUAACGAGGGGUGGACUCCGCUACAUCUAGCGGCAGCGCACGGCCAACAUGAUGUCAUCAAACUGAUGUCCAAUCGGAAGGCAGACAUGGUUGCCAAGGACAACCGUGGUCGGGCGCCUAUCCACCUGGCGGCGCAGAACGAUGACAGCGACGGCAUCCAGAUUCUGCUCAACUGCGGCUCCAACAUCGAUGUGAAAGACAAAGACGGACAAACAGCGCUUCUAUACGCCGCGAAAUGCGGUAACUGUGAUUGUGUAGAGUUUUUGCUCGAGCGAGGCGCCAGUUUGAAUACGAAGGACAGUUCAGGGUCGACGGCACUACACUUGGCCACAGACGAUGGGCACUUGAAUACCGUUACUCUACUGUUAGCCAAAGGUGCAAACUUGGACGCGAAGGACUACGGCAAGCGAGCGGCUCUUCACAUCGCAGCAAGUAACGGUUACUGUGAGAUCAUCAACCUCCUACUGGACCUGGGAGCUAACAUGGACACCAAGGACAGCGAUGGGAAGACGGCACUGCAUCUUGCAGCCGAGAACGAAGACGCCAACGCCAUCAGUUACUUACUCCGCCAGGGAGCAGAUAUAGCCGUGACGGACAUGAACAACAGAACGGCUUUACAUCUUGCCGCGGCCAACGGCUACUGCGAAAUCGUCCGCCUGCUUAUAAAUCGUGGUGCUGGCUUGGAUACGAAAGACAAGGCCGGUUGGACAGCCCUUUUUCACGCCGCUUGGAACGGACACUGCAAUGUGAUCGCGCUGUUGCUCAAGCUUGAUACAGACUUAACGAUCAAGGACAUGAACCGUAGAACCGCGCUCCACCUAGCGGCUCUGCAAGGGCAUGCAGAAGCCGUGAUCAAGCUUCUAGCAGGCGGAGUUGACUUUACCAAGCAGGACAACAAGCGUAGAACCGCACUCCAUCUUGCUACUCUUAAAGGCCACUGCGACGUGAUCGACACUCUUCUGGCCGGAGGUUUAGACCUGUUUGCGAAGGAUAACUGUGGGUGGACACCUUUACAUAUCGCUGCUUCAAAAGGUCACAAAGACGCCAUCAACUUGCUCCUAGACAACGGAGCGGAUCUGUGGUCCCGAGACAACGCAGGAUGGACGCCGCUUCAUAGAGCUGCUGUAGAAGACCGCGUAGCGAUCGUGGAGAGUCUACUCAUGGCGGGAGCAGACGGCAACGCGCCGGAUAACCACGGCAAGAAGCCCGCGGAUGUCGCCCCGAAGCACAGCCGUAGCCAGCUCCUGUUGAUGUCGACUCGCGAUAGGUUCUCACCGGACCUGAGGCGGUCAUGCCGUAUGAAGAUUCACACUGUAAUGGGAGAGGAUAAGGAGAAGAAUGUCCAUAACCUCCCUCUGCCGACAAUGCUGAAACAAUACAUCAUGUUCAGGGAGAGCUGCUCAGCUUAGGUACUAGGGAUUUAAGAAGGGACAAAUUUGGUUAGGGCUACAAAAAUGGUUAGGGCUACAAAGUUAGAAUGUCUCAUAACCUUCGACGAUGGCAAUGCAGAAACAGAACAUCAUGUGCAAGAAGAGCUGCGUGUUUUAGAGUUCAGAACUUCAGAUUCAAGAAGGGGCAAAUUCAUACUGUCCAUGGUUAGGGCUACAAAAGUCUACAAAAGGUAGAAUAUAUUACAACCUUAGACGAUACUGAAACAGGACAUCAUGUUAGAGGAGAGCUGUGUGUUUAAAGGUUCAGUUUAGGUAAUAAGAAUUUAAGAAGGGACAAAAUCGUACUGUCCAUGGAUGGGGCUACAAAGGUCUACUGAAAGUAGAAUAUCUUAGAGCCUUUGACGAUGUUAAAACAGUACAUCGUGUCAAGAGAAAAGAAUGCUAUUAGACCUAUAGCACAGUCUAGUAUUACAAGUUCAAGAAGUGUGUAGUCGACAGCCGUGCUGUCUAGGGCUAGGGCCCGUAAGGCGAGAUGGAAUGUGGGUAUCUUACGAGUAUCAUCCUUGAUAUUGCUUAAACAGUACAUCGUAUUCAGAGAAAAUGGUGCCUUUAGGCAUAGAGUCAGUCUAGUAUUACAAGAUGUUCUAAAAGUAUGUAUUCGUGAUGUCUAGGGCCAGGGCUGUGAAUGGCAAAAUGAAUCCUA